AUGGAUCGUCAGGCAGUAGAGAAGGCGUGUGAUGGCAUAAAUACGAAGCCUAAGUUCAAGUCUGCUUACUACUUUUCGUUGCAGCCUCUUGAGACGCUUUGUGACUCCUCAACUGGUCGUUGUCAUGCCAAUGCUCUAUAUGCACUGGACCAUGGUACGAUUCCCAAAGUUUUGGUGGGUUUGAAGACGUUUCCCGAUGAUUUGCAGGUGGUGAGUGCGUGUAUAAAGAUUCUCAACAUGAUGUGUCAGUCUUCUUCUUCUGAUCAAGUAAAGCAGUUUGUGAAGGAGGGUGCCUUCAGUGCCAUAUUACAGUGGGUCGAAAUGGAUCGUGGCGCGAACGCGGCGGCGGCUGCAGGGCCUGUGUCUGGGGGAAUUAGCGGCGGAGUUAGUGGGGAGGAGUUUGCCAAGAUCAUGCCGCUAGCAUUAGACUGUGUAGACUUGGUCGUGAAAAACGACCGGCUCAUGGCGCGGCAAGCACUGCCGUCUCUGCUCAACCGUUUGCAGACUACCGUGACGGACACUGAUGGUAGCAGUCACCGGCGACAACUCAACUCUACGUUGAUUCAUUCUUUGUGUGACUGCGUCAAUGACCUUACAGCCGGAUAUCCAGAGCAGGACUUGGAUGGAGCUCAAUAUUUAAUCGCCUUUAUACUAAAAUUAUCAGAAGCGAAGAACGAAAGAGAGGUCCGAAAGCUUCUACCGACGGUCUUCGGAGCACUACAAGCAUAUGCAGCACAUUCUGAGAAUAUAGGCAACUACAUAUUAGAUCUGCUUGAGAUAAGAAACAGAUAUCAAGAUGAGCCGUCAACUAAAUUACACAUAAACCCAGUGCUUAGUCGUCUGUGUACCCGCGAGCAGGCAAGUCAAACGAUAGAGACUAUUAAGACCACUGCGGGGACUAAAGAGGAUGGUAAGAUGUUGAUCCAAACUGCCUUUUGUCCGGAUAUGGCGGAAAUUGUUCAUGCGAAAGAUGCGUACCAAGUAUUAAUCAAAGUCUUAAACCAGGCUACCGAGGACAUCAGGAAGAAAAAUUACUCGGAAUCAAACCUCUUGUUGGUUAGGGGUGCAUGUCUCUGCCUGGCCUAUAUGUGUGAUAAUCCGGAGUAUAUCGCUGAUGUGAAAAAUGCAGGAGCCCUGAAGUCUACGCUUCAGUUAAUUACGACGGCCGACGACUACCCGGACAUUAUUGCGGCGACCUGUACCCUUUUGGGAUCUAUGUUAAAGGACCCUGAGGACUCGCUCAAGUUUAUUGAGUCUGGUGUUUUGAAGAGGUUGUUGGAUAAGGCGGCUGCAACAAGUGCGACCGGCGAAGGAAGCUCCUCUUUGCUGUCUGGAAUCAGCAUGGUCAUGACCCACAUUAGUCGUCAUGAGGAUUGUUGCACAGCCUUGCUGAAUCAGAAUGUCUGUUCGCAACUAUCUCGUGCAAUUGGACCCAACACAUUCCGAAGUGUGGUUUCGCAAGUACUCAACUUCCUCAUCAACUACUCUCACAACUCACCUGCGCUGGACCCCGAACUGAUCAAAGUUGUACAAGCCGUUUACCAGUAUAACCUGUUCAGUUCUCACGUUGUGGAGCAAGUAGUGCAAUUACUCAUCAACAUCGCCGACAAAUUCCCGGAAUGCCUCGGUUGCCAGGUAGACGAGCAGGCUGGAGAACCUCCAGCCAGGAAAAUGAGUGACGUACCUAUGGCUGCGUUGUACAUGGAUCUUAUAAUGACGUCACUGGAUAAUAUUCAAGUUAAUGAACCCGCUUUCGCGCUCUGUGUGACGGCCUUGAACAAGCUUCCAGAUCGACGGACCUUGCUCGAACACAGUUUGUCCACAACCAAGACAUUGCUUCCAAAGAUUGUUCCCCGGCAUCAUGAGGCUCUGCGGAUUCUAACUCGGCUUGCCGCUCUAUCUACACUUGAUGAUAUUGACACUGCCGGUUUAGACUUGGCUGCGGCGAUCCAGGCUCUAGUUAAGAGUGGCAGUCAGGUGGACGUGGACGACAAGGAGGCGUUGGUCAUGACCCUUAUUUUGUUGAUCAAAACGAGCACUGCCUCACGUAGCGACGCAUACAAUGCUAUCUUUGGUAUUGCAUUGCGCGUUAACGAUCCGCUUAUGUUGGUCUUCAUUGUCUCGUUGAUUAAAGAUCUGAUUGCGGAAGAACCGAGUUUAGACGACUCGUUACUGGAGUUGUUGGUUACAAAGACUCAGGAACUGCUCUCGGAUCAGAGUGACUCCCGAGAGGGUUCGGUAGCAGCACUUAAUCUAGUCACCUUCAUUGCGGGCCUUCCGCGCCACAAAGGCGACGGUCAGUCGAAGUUCGGCCUCGAGGGGCUCCCUGGUCGCCGGGAGGCUUUAUCGGAUACGGUCGCUGCUGGUUCUGGAUCUCGUUUGUUGCUGGAGCAUAAAGUGCAAAGCGACGUGAUGAGUAUUGCAAAGAAGUUGAAGAUGCGGGCAGAUGUUCAGUUGGCAGUCUUCCGCGCUCUGGAGAGUAUGCUACGCCAGGCAACUGAGGAACAGGUGAAGGCGACGCGCACUUUGGGCAUCACGGAAGUCAUCAAGUCAGCAGAGGCCAAUCACUCGCGAAACACCGAGUUGCGGAAACAGACGUUUAAAGUCUCGAUGCUAGUGAUGCAGGAGAACUAUCUAGAGGAGUUGGUGAAGCAGUUAAUUGCGCGAAUGAAGCAGGACUUCUCUAAGGGAAUGUUCGACGAUCUUGCAGAUGACAUGGACCAGCUUUUGGUCGCGUUGCAGGAACCGGAUGGCCCGCGGCUUUGCACCCGACACAAGCUGAUCAGCAUCAUUUUCAACGUAAUCGGCGGACUCGGAGGUUCGCGAAGUCGGGAUAUGGCUAAGCUCAUCACACCGGCGUUCACGCGACUCGUAACCGCCUAUGCACAGACACCGAUUGGGGGCCCAGUGUGUCAAUCGUUCGUCGCGAGUGGAGAUAAAGCGGCAAAGGGUGCGCCAGCGGCAACACCUGCUGAGGCAAGGAGUGUGGCUGUGGAGUUAACUAAGGCAAUCAUGAAAAUGAUUGCAGACGAUCCGCACGAUAUUGCUGACGUAUGUUUGCUGCUGCAGGUUGCAGGCUUGACUGUCGGGCACAACCAAUAUGUGGCCGAACACGUGAUGACCAUGGCACCAAGUCUGAUAAACUGGUUGGAGAUACUGGAGUACAACUCAACGGCGAUGGAAGCCGUAGUGGCUUGGAUGAGUUAUAUUCCACUCCGUGUCUUGGUCGAGUCAGAGGACUUCUCUACAUUGCUACAGCGUCUAAGACGGAUCGUGGCGGGGGAGGCAGAGGCGCCUGUGGGUGGACGGGCCAGCAUGUACAGUGCCGGAGUUUCGAGCACGGCAUGCUAUAACGCGCUCAACAUUCUGCGCUAUUGGACCAACGACUUAGAACUGGUCACCAAACUGCAGCAAGAGGGGGUGGAAGCCGCGUGUUUCACGGCCUUGUCCAAGUUUGCGCACGACACGCACGUAAUGAAUGCCGGACUUCAAUUGUUGGAAAUGUUUGCAAACACAAACCCCAUGGAACUACCACAGGAAGUUACCGUACAGCGUGCAAGGACGAUCAGUCGCGCUAUCACAAGUGCGGACUCGGAACUCACAGUUACUCGAGCCUUCAACGUUCUAGGCAAGAUGCUCUCCAUCUGCCCUGACCCAAAAUGGUUCAGAGGCGAGACCUCUCUCAUCAAGUCCGUCCGAACCGUCCAGGUCAAAGUGACGGCGCAGGAAGACAUCGAGGAUGCCAUGGCGGUCGUGCUCUCCGUCAUGGGCGGCGAAGAAAUGGCCCUCAUGCUCAUGUCGCAAGUCAUCGACACCAUCAAACAACACAAGUCCCGGACAGCCGGAGGCCCCUGGCUCGACGACAUCGGACCGCAGAUGUCCGACGUCAGUCUCUAUCUACAGGGCACACUCGAAAGUCCCCAAAAAACCUUCCUGGGCAUAAGCGAUACCUUCUCCCACAUCGCCAAACUCUUCCAAGUCUUUCCCAAGCAUAGCGAGCUACGACAAGGCACCUUCCGCUCAGCACUGGCUGCACUUAACUGCGCAAUCCUCCUUAAGGAUCAACCGAAAAUUGCGAGCAUCGCAGAAAAGGCAAUUCUUGAAUACAUUGCGCCAGAAGUCAUGAACACACUCAACACACGAUUCGAUUUGGACGCGUUGAAGUUGAUGGCAAAGAUGUGCGAGUGCCCGACGACGAGCGAAUGGGCGUUGGAUAAGUUGAAGACGGAGGGUAUUUUGACGCAGUGUUACCGGACGAUGUCUGGGAAAGGAUCGUCUUCAUCGGAUAAGUUGAAAGCUCUGAAUUUCAUGGGUGCUUUGAGUAGUUCGACGGAAGGUUUCCACAUGUUGCAGCGCGCGUUCAAGAUUGUGUAUGGAUCGAACACGGAUUUUUGGCAGCACCAGUUGGCGUUUGCGAAGACGUUGCCACCGGAGGUGUUGCCUGCCUUUUUGGCUUACAUUUACCACUUCCCGCGUCAGGUAUCGGGGGUGUCAAAGCAGGCCUUGGCGGACGCAAGUAGUUUGUUGAAGGACUUGGGUUCGAAGGCAGCGGUGUCGUUGGUAUACGGGAUGUCCAUCCUGGCACACGCGUGCAAGUUGGAGAAGGAGACAGGGGGUACGAUUAACGCUGGUGCUGUGGCCGAGUUGGGAGAGGGAUUGGAUAAGUUAGGUCAGUUGUCAGCGUUGCGCUCGCUGAGUCAGCAGGAAGUGAACGAGUCGCUCUACCCGCUGGCGGUGUUCUUGCGGGAUACCAGUUUCGUGGUGGAGUUGGAUGAGCUAAACAACCGAGGCUUCGACAUGCUGGGAGAGUUAUUAGGCGAGGCCGAUAUGACGACGAGUUUGUGGAAAUCGAUUUUGCCCCUCAUGUCGGCUGCGGCUAACCAAUCGAACUUUGUCGCGGACCGCGUGGUUAGGAACAUCUGUCCCGUUAUGUUUGAGCAAUCGCGCUUCUUCAAGGGUCAGAAGAGUGCGGUGCGCGAAGACGGGCUCCGUUUGCUGAAGCAAGUAUCCAUGCUGCUGCCCGAAAUCCCAGGUUACAGUGUGUUCGCCGAGACCAUCGGAGACAACUCGGCCAUGGGCGCUUCCGCUGCUGGCGCCUCGGCCGUGCAGAAGGUCCGUGGGGCCUGUCUGCGGGAACGGAACGCGGGCACGGCCAUGAACCACAGCGCGUGUGCGGUGGUCAAAGACUCACUGGAACCGGUGGUGGCCAAGACGCUGGAGGCGGCGGGCCAGAAGCCGAUGAAUCCAGGCGAUGCGAUGAUGGGUGACUACACGGCCGCUGUGGAGUGUAUCGGAAUGCUCCGAGGCGAAACCAUCGAUGUCAGUCCGAGUCUGAAGACCUGCCUUACGAAUCAGACCAACCCGGCGGUUGUCUCUAAACUAAUUGCGACCAUUGCGAUGCUGCGGACCAACUCGCCACAGGCGGUGGAGAAGCUCCGGGGCGACCCGGCUCUGAGGAAUCCAAUGCUCCAACUUUUGAAUGGCAUUCCAAACGUACCGAGUGCGGAGCGCGUGGAUCGCCUUAAGGUGAUCGAGUUCUAUACCAGCGGCUGCAAAGAAGAUGUGACCAGCUGGCUGCCGAUCGACAAGCUCGCCGUAAGCAUGUUCCCACAGACGGAGGACGGGAUUGAGAGACGCUACUACCUCAAGGCCCUUAAGACCAGCCGCGGCGAACCGACUCCCGAGAUCGUGGACAUUUUGAUGGUCGGGUUGCAGGACGAACGUAGUCGCGAAGAGAGCAAGGAACUUUGCGCGAACUUCCUGAGCCGGGAUGCGGAGGCAGGUAGCCGCAAGCUAGAAAGUCUUCUGGACCAGAAUCAGGUCUGGGCGGGCUUGGUUAAGGACCUGAGCAUCGUAGGUCCGUUGCUCUCGACAAGUGCUGUAUUGCGAAAACACGCCAUUGAUCAGGCCCUAGGUGAGUGGCUCGGCCAGUUACCGCGCUCCGCUUCCGCCAUUGCUACACUUUGCGAGUUGGAGCCAUCGUUGGCGGCGCGAGUGAAGGAGAUUAAGCCGGUUACAGAGGUAAGUGCGCAGUUCUCUACGGGCGGCGGCGAGAUGGUCGACGGGGGUCUGGCUAAGUUGAUUAGCUUAUUGCUCAAGGACGACACGGAUCCAGCAACACUGGCGGCCUGUGACGCAAUUUUAGACGUGGGAUUUACACAGGUGGGUAAGGGCCUGGGUGACAGCAAGUUAGUCGAGGCCUGUUGUAACUAUGCCGUCGCGCGACCUUCGGAUCUGCGAAAAGACUGCUUGGUUGUUGCCAUGGGAUUGUCCAAGUGGGAGAAGCAGUUGCCACGGAUCUUCGACGCCAUCUUGCGCCUACCGGAUACAGGUGAGCUAAAAAAGCGGGCGCUCCGCAAGGUCGCGGAUGUCCCCGAAUGCCAUCACAUCAUUCUACGAGAAGUGGCCAAAGCCGACAGUGGCCUGAAGCUGGACAUGACCACCGCCAAGGCCAUGCUGAGCAGCCAGCGGUCCACCGGCGUCAAUGACGCAGAAGUGCUCACCGGUCUGGUCCAGUGGUUGCGACAACUCCUCGGUUAUUGGGACGGUGAGAUCGCGACUGAGCUAAUCCGGACACUGGUUGGGCUCAAGGACUUUAGCGAAGGUGGCCCGGCCGCAAUUGAUGCCGUCCUCAGCCUGCUCUACGACGCCCUGGCUGCAGCCGCCAAGGCAAAGACGGUGCCGAAGGAUGACAACUGGGGAGACGAACACGUGCCCUCCGAAGGGUUCCUGCCUCUGACUUAUGCGAUAAAACGUCCGAACGAACCACGGGCGUGGGAAGCUCUGGGCCUCAGUUCCUUCACGUGCGGUCUCUUCAUCUCCACGCUAACCAAGCUCGUCGACCAACGGAUACAGGCUACCAGCGGCAUGACCCGGGCCAGCACGACCACCAGCGGCUCCGUGACCAACGCUGGAGUGGCCACCAUGCUGAACCUACUCGCCUAUCUUGCUUGCGAGAAACCGCUGGGCUGCGAACAGAGCUGGACGACCAAUAACUUGUUCGAGAAUUUGCGGACGUGCACUGGACUCGUCGGCGAUGUGUACCCCAUCGCCGUCAUUUGCGCCAACGUCGCUGCAAUCACCUCCGACCUAGAUCAAAUCAAAAAUCAGCCCGAUCUUUGGUCGGCCUUGCAACAAAAGGCCAACAAGCACAAGCAGUACGUGCAAGACACCAUCCGCUACAUGACCAGCUCCAGUUCUACCCAGCUGACCUUCUUACGGAAAUUGGCAUCAUUCAACUGGUUCUCAUAA